CUGAGCCCGGGAGAGGGCGAACAAUGGAGGCGCGGAACUGGUGGUCCGCUCCCCCAGCGAAGGGCGAGGGUGGGCCGCAUCGUCACUGGUACCUGUGUUCGACGCAUGGGUUUUAGUUUUUACAGACUUUAUUUAUUUGCUUCCCCAUUUGAAGUGCAUUCAAACUUUUUAGAAGCAAUUGUAGCUUAUUCCACCCCCAAAAAUGGACAGUCAGCUUCUGGCUGAGAAGUACACUGAUGAUUCGGAAGAAUUACAUUUCCCUGACUCGAUUUCCACCGAACUAGCCCCCUCGCUAUUAAGUAGUGGAACACCUAUGAGUGGAGAAAGAGAUGCAUCAGCUUCUGGCGAUGACACAGCAGGAGGGACUUCAGACUACCGGCAAACCCUCGCUACCCCGGCGCCAGCUACUGAGCCCAGUAACGCAGAGCAGAGUUCCGGCGUGUCCGAGGUCCCGGGUGAUUUCCAAGCCGAGGAUACCGCCGAACCCGUUCCUCACCUUGUCACAUUCACAGUGACUGUAACCCUGGCAGUACCGACCGUGAAAGAGAGUAACAAAAUGAAAGAUCGGAAGUCUAAGGCACUGAAGAUGUUGGAAGCAUUAAAAGCUAUCAGCUACUUCCACAUGGAAGCAUCUCUUCUUCCAAAUGCUGAACCAAUAAAAUUUGAUCUGGUGACCUUUGAAAAAGCUGCUAAGCUCUACAUGGCAACUGAUUCCCAGGUUCUAAAGCCGUGGAAUGAAGAUGAACGGAGGUGGUUGAUCUUCUGCCAUAACGUGGAGCUGCCUGUUACUAAGGAAUUAAUAUUAACACUUGUCCCUCAUAGAAUGACACUUGGGAUAUGGGAAGGUAAAGACAAAGUGAGCCCAAAGGCCAAGUUUGAUCACCCCAAGAACUUGCAUCAUCUUUUGGACAAGGAAGAAGCAAGUGUCGGUAGUAUAAAAUAUUCGGUUAAGGAUCAAUUAGAAUUGUUGGAAAACAGCCCCCUCUUGACAACCUAUAAAGCAACAGACGAUUUGCCACCAGAAACCAUGAACGUUCCUGCGCAAGGAGCAGUUUCCACAUUGACCCUUCCUGAAACUGAAAUAACGACUUUGAAUGAACAGCUACAGAGGAAAAUAUGUGCAGAUAUGAAGCCAAAGAAAUUAAUCAAGAUACAGGGUGCAAAAAAGCAUUCAUCAGUUUGGAUGCCCACAAAGGCAAGUUCUCACAAAAAAGGCAAAGAAGCAACAACAAAGAAGCAAGAUACAAUCAAAAUCAUCCCCCCAAAAAUACAUCAUAGGAAAAAGAAAGUCAAAGAGAAACCAGUACCAGCUUUGAUAAACCUGGACAUUAAACUUCUCCUUGCGGGAGAAAAAUCCGUCACAAAUAAAUUGGAAAAAAUAAUCCCUGGACUACUGGAUGCUCUUUUCACCGUAUCAGUGGAUAAAUCACUAAUGUCAAAGGAAGUGGAGGAGGAAUUGAAUCCAAUGGUUAUUCGUAUUAUUUCAGCCAGCUCAAUGCCAUCGACCCCUGUGCCAAUACAUGUACUGCAGGAAAGAUGCAGCCCUGUUUACUGUCAGUAUCAGCUCUUUGAUUUGCCUUGUCAUCAGACCAAAGAAAGAGAACAUGGGUCGGAGGUGUCCUUCAAGGAUGUCAAUGUGAUUCUGACUGGGACCAUCGAUCCAGAUAAACUCAGAGAGUAUUUCCACGGGCCCCCACUCAUGAUAGAGAUCCACGACCGUGACAAGAAGCCAAAAGCCCAAUCUCAACCACCGGCAUUGUUUGGUACUGAAACUGAAGAUAGCAAGCUGAGCAACAUUGGCCUUGUUAGUAAUAAGCGAACUGUUCAUGACCCCUUUGUGGAUGCCAAUAAAGCUUGGGAUCCUUACGGCAUUGCUAAACUGAAUUUUUCAGAAUUGGUAUAUGGUGAAACAUGCUUAAACCUUGCUUUGUCAAUACAGAACAGCAGUUUGCCAGAUCCAUUAGGAUAUCGAAGGGACGGAUUGGGCGGACGUAUUCUAGGUGUUGCAGGAGCUGUUGAUGGACCCGAGGACCAGCCAUUACCAAAAGGACAUUACUUGGAAUCAAACUCCAUGCUUCAUGUUAGAGUGCAAAUUGCUUACCCUUUAUCACAAAGGGGUGAGUCCUCGUUGAAUGAAGAGUGCCAAUUUGGUCGGAUAAUAUACAUUUUUGAUUAUAAUAACAGAACCUUUCUUCACAGUCUACUCGAGCAAGUUGGUUCAAUUAAUUCGCUAGCUCUUUGCUUGGAUUCACAGUCAAGUGGAAAAGGAAGCGAAGGUGGAUCAGUGGAUGCAGAACUUAGUUCAGAUUCUGAACUAAAACCCAGUUCCAAUCUGGAUAGUGUUUCAAUUUAUAAUGUGCAUGGUGGUUCAGUUUCCAGUUUGAAUGUGGUGACAGGUUUUCAUGUAAUGGAUGGAAUAAUUCACCUCUUUGUUUUGGAGGGACUGAAGAACAAAGGACUCAGGACAUUAUGGGAAAAGCUGCCUAUCAGAUCUGUGGCUGGUGAAGAAGGGGUUAAGGUUUUGUACAAUUCUGAAUUAAGUUUUCAUCAGCCACUAUAUGCAAACUUAGAUGAUUACAUUUAUCAUCUUUACCUCCACGAGCCCUUGAGUAAUAUUAUAAAGCAACCUUUGUUAUAUGUCCGGGAUAUGGCACCUCAGGACUGUUUUCAGGCAUUGCACAGACUUCAAUGCAUUUGUUCUGCUAAAAAGUUGAGGGAAGUUGUACAGGGCGACCUCUUCCCAACGGCAGCAAUGAUAAUGGUCCUGAGCCGGGAAUUUGGAAUUCCAGCCUCUGAAACUGGUCCACAUAACAUCAAGGAUUCAGCAACCAUCCCAACUUUACUCAUCUCAGAAGCUGCACCACUGAUAAGGUCUCCUUAUAGUCGACUGGACAUGUACAAUAACAAAUAUAUACAGAGCAAACUACAUCAGAUAACCCAUACAAAUCACAUUCAGAGUAAUAUUGAUGCGAUUUAUGAAGCCAGCAAAAAACUGAAAGAAAUCAAACCAAGAUCAAUAAAAGUUGUUCCUUCUGAAGGGACAAAGGUGCAUAACUAUUCCAUUCAGACCUUCAACUCUGCCGAGCAGGCGAAGGAAUUGUUGCGUGAGGAAUUGGCUAAGAGGCCAAAGCAGAGAUUCACAUACAGUCAGACAUUCUUAUGGGGAACAGUGGCUCCUGUGGACAUUGCCAAUGAGGAAAAGAGAAUAAAGAAAAUAUCGAAGGAGGCUUGGCUAACCUUUGAUGGAUUCCGGUUUUCGGGGUUCAAAAGUAGCCAGGAGGCAAAUGAACAUCCAAAAAAACCCGAUGAAGCCCGGGUAGACGAACUUAAAAAGCCUUGGAAGGAAAACGUUCUAAAUGAGAACCUAAAACCAUUGCUCAAGAGUCGAGAUAGAUGGAAAUGGAGUGAAAGGCAUAAGGAUUUUGAAUUGUACAAGAAAGUACAAGCUGCUCCAGUGCCAGUCAGCAUUCACUUGGCCGGUGAUACUUUAAGAGCUGAACAGCUUGAAAGCAUUCACAAAGAUUAUGAGGACUGGCAUAAAAAGCUUAAACCUUACAGAGACACUACAAACCCCAAGUUACCAUCAACCAGACUAGAAGCUAAGUUGGAGUUAGACAAUUGUGUGACAGUCUGUCUCAAGCCGGCAAUUUUUCAAAAGCAUGUACUGAAGUAGUCACAUCGUCAAUGUCUGAAAGCCUACUAAGGAUAUGCUAAAGACUCAUCAUUCUCAAGACAACAAUAUAGCAAUAUAAUCAUUCUAAGAUAAUAUGAUAACAUAUACCCAGUUACCUGAU